UCUUCCCCCCUCCCCUCCCCUGUCUCGCCCGCAGCUUCACCGGCAGCGAGGGAAAGAGGGAGGAUGAGCGCGUCCAGGUUCAUAAAGUGCGUCACCGUGGGGGACGGCGCCGUCGGCAAGACUUGCAUGCUCAUCUCCUACACCUCCAACACCUUCCCCACCGACUAUGUGCCAACGGUGUUUGACAACUUCAGUGCUAAUGUUGUGGUUGAUGGCAACACUGUCAACCUCGGGCUAUGGGAUACUGCAGGUCAGGAGGACUACAACAGACUGAGACCGCUGAGUUAUCGUGGAGCUGAUGUCUUCCUUCUGGCCUUCUCACUUAUCAGCAAGGCCAGCUAUGAGAAUGUUUCAAAGAAGUGGAUACCUGAGCUGAAGCAUUAUGCACCAGGUGUGCCUAUUAUCCUCGUGGGAACAAAGCUUGAUCUUCGAGAUGACAAGCAGUUCUUUGUGGACCAUCCUGGUGCUGUUCCUAUCACUACUGCUCAGGGGGAGGAACUAAAAAAGUUAAUAGGCGCACCCUACUACAUCGAAUGCAGCUCGAAGACCCAACUAAAUGUCAAGGGUGUAUUUGAUGCGGCAAUAAAGGUGGUACUUGCGCCACCAAAGGCGAAGAAGAAGAAAAAGGCGCAGAGGGGGGCUUGCUCCAUCUUGUGAUCUAAUCAUCGGUAGACAAAGAACAAGGGCGAAGUUGCCGCCAUGCUAUAUUAUUGUUACGUCUUGCUUCAGCGGAGCUGCACUCUCAUGGUCGUCGUCCCUCCCCCUACCCCACCCUAGGUUACCCACCGGCAGCUGCAGCAAGGUCUCUUUGUCGAGGCAUCGGGCGAUCCAUUUGUUUGAUUUCUCUUCUUCCUGCCUUGUGAUUAUCUCGUGUGACUGACAAGUCGUGGCAAUUUAGGUAACUUGCUUAGUAGACGGUAUUUCCCGUGUUUGAGACCCCGUAAAAAAAAAAGUAUCUCGUUGUUAUCUCGGUUCCAUAAGUAGAGACAUGAUGUAAUCGCACUCAGUUUAUUCUAUUUUUGCUUGUUAUUUUCACUUCAAUGGAAAAUUAUGUUUCCUUUCUUGUUA